GCAGGACAGAGACAGUAACAGCGUGUAACAGAACAGGAGCUUUAAUAUCUUUCUGAAGUGGAGUUGGUGUGGAGAUCUGUGAGAGUGAACUCAGGAUGAAGAUCCUCCUCAUCUUCACCCUCUGUCUGAUCUCAGAUGGAAGAGCCUCCAAGCAAGUAACAGGAUCUUCAGGAGGAGGAGUCCUUAUCAAGUGCAAGUAUGGUACAAAAGUCAGAGAAAGUCCAAAAUAUUUCUGUAAGGGUCCAAAGAGAGACUGUUCUGAACAAAUAAAGACAGCAGUUAAAAACGAGUGGGUAAAUUCAGGAAGAUUCUCACUGUUUGAUAACACCACAUCAGCAGAGUUCUGGGUGAUGAUCAGAGCGCUCACUGUACAGGACACUGGGACGUACCACUGUGGAGUUUAUAUAUCUAAUAGGAAUGACAUUCACACAUCGGUGGAACUGAAGGUAAAUGAAGGAUUUCCAGCUUCCACUGUGAUCACUGUGUCUGUAAUUCUGCUGCUGCUUCUGAUUGGAAUCAUAAUCCUAAUUCUGACUCUGCAAAACAGAUGCAAGAUGCGAGCAGGCACAGAUAUUAUUGGCUUGCGUUCUGUCCAAAAUUCAGGAAAUGACCAGGGGGUUCCUCUUGAUGUUCAUGAAUAUGAGGAGAUUAAAGACACCACAUGCCUAUCUGCCUCAAACACUAAAAUUUUCACAGUUUACGCUACUGCUCAACUACCCACAAUCCCCUCUGUUCAUCACACUGCUUAUGCAAAGAUGGAGUUACCCACAAACCCAAGUGAUUCUGCUGUUUACUCUACUGCUCAACGUCCCACAAUCCCCUCUGACCAGAACAUCUACUACAAAGCUCAGUUACCCACAAAUCUCUCGGCUUAGGAAAGGUCUGAAUUGUGUAACAGUGAGUUUUCUCUCCAACGCCACCAGCUCUAAUGAUACAGUUCUACAGAUUAAGGAAGAUGUUUCUAUUGAAUAUACUUCAGUUUGUCAGGUUACUUCAUCUGUUUAGUUUACUUUCAUUAGGGCUACAGUUAUGUUGUGCUGGAAAUCUACUCAUUUAUUCAGUUACUUUUUCUGCUCCUCCCUGCUUCUUUUCCAUCAGCAAUUACUGUAAUAUAGCCGACUAACCAUUUUUUAAAUAUGCAGUAAAGAAAAGGAUUUGUUUAAAAGGAUUCGCUCCCAUAGUUUGCAACCUGUGCUAAUUUGCAUGGUAAAAAAAUAGAGGUUUAAAGCUGAAUUACCUGAUCACUGGUCAGCUGUUAGUCUCAGGUCCAGUUUAAUGCUGGAGACUGUUGUUUCACUUUGUUAGGGUGAUGAGAACUUUGCCUUUUGUUCACAUUUCAACAGCCCAAAUGUGUCAGAUGGUAUGUGACAGAGCCCUGUGAGGCAGCCAAAAUCCUGCAGGUAACAUUAAAGAUCAGUCACAGUCACUGGAUGAAUGUCUGAUCCUGGUGCUAAGGGAAGUGGUGGCUCAAGGCCACUCGAGGUCACUGAUCAGAAGGGUGGGGUUCAAGCCCUGGUACUGCCAAGCUGCCACUGUUGGGUCAACCAUGAUACAAGAGCAUGUCUCUUAACUCUCACUGCUUCAGAGGUGCUGUAUUAUGGCUGACCCUGUGCUCUGACCCUAGCUUCCGCUGUUGGGUUAAGCGAAGUAAGAAUUUCACUGUGCUGAAAUAUAUAUAUGACAAAUAAAGGCUUCUUCUUUUAUUUUAUGCUUCCUGAAGAUGUUUCUCCACAUGUUUCUAUAGCACUGUAUUCAUGUGCAUCAGACUGAGGAAGGUAAUACCAACAUGUGAGCUAUUGUAACUCAGACACUGACCUGAUUUCCUGUCAGACUGACAUUACACAUAGGCCUUGCUCUUAUUUUAUAUAAUUAGAACAUACAGCCUUCCACUUUGGUUGAAGGGUGAAAAUGUGGAGUAUUUUGUAAAUAAAAUGAUAGGAAAAAGUUAUGAACUAUUCAUUUCUUUUCUGAUGAAAUUAUAUUCUGUCCUUCUUUAGAGAAAGUAAACUUUAAACUUCAUGCAACAUGUUUUGAUAUGAACUUGAUUGCAUUAGCUUAGUUUUUUUUUUUUAUGCUUGCAUUAGCUACUUUCCCCUGCAAAGAUGUGGAUAAAACGUCUCACAAGCAGAGUGUAGACCCUGAUGUUAGAGUGUAAUGAAGCGUGUCUCACUGCUCAGUGCUCGACUGACCGAAACCUUUUUUUAAUGAUCAUGCUCACUCAGUGCUCAUACCAGCUGUUCUCCAGCUCUCUAUUUCCUAGUAGAAACAUUCUGGAAACAUCUAAAGAAGCACGUUUGUGUACAUUAUUAGUCUGGUAACUGAUUUUAUAUUAUUGAUGUUAAAUUAAUUAUGCACUGUUUAGUUGUGAUCUUAU